CGAUAGUUGCAACUAGAAAAAAUCUAGUAAUCGCCCAAUUACUAGAUUUCCACUGUCGUUACACAGUAGUUGCAAUCGAGUAAAAAUCUAGUAAUCUAGAUGAAUCGGGCGAUACUAGAUUUUUUUUUGACGCUUGGGAUGCUCAACGAGUCAGGAAUCCCGUGGGAGUUUUGUCUGGAGUCUCGACUAGGGUUCUUACUUCAUAGUUGUGAUGCACAACGAAAACUUUGCUGCAGAGAAAUACAGACGUAUGUGUAUAAAAAAAUAUUUAAUACAAAUGAAAUUCGUUCAACUCGAUUUAAAAAUCGUUCUCGAUUAAAUUUUACAAAGAGCACGCAAAAACUCACCCAAAAUACGGUGUGAGAGAACGAUGUGAGAAGUUUAGGGAAACUUCGACGAUCGGUUGUCUGAUGGCAAACGAUUUUAAUCUGGUUUUUUAAUCGUUUACUUACUACAAAUUGCUGAAAUCUCCUAUAUCUAUCUAUACUUCAGACAGAAAAUAGAAUAAGCUGCAUACUGGCGUCAUCUAUAGUAUUGUUUUCAAAAUAUCGUUUUUAGCCGAAAUUUGACUAGACUUUCUUCUAAAACAUAUUUUUAACGUUAAAAACUUUUUUUAAAGCCAUUUUGACGUAGAGACUCAAGUUAUAAAAUGUUCAGUGGUGAAAAAGUGAUUUUAGAACGAAGUGAUUUUAGCUUCAUAUGACCUUCUGUUUCAUUUUAACUUAUCUUUCCUUCAACAUCUUCACCCAUAUAAUAAAAAGAAAUCGUUAACUUGUACGUAGGGAAUGUGCGAACGUUGAUUUCUUGCCAUUGUAGCUUAUUCUGACUGUGCUUAAAGUGAAGUAGUCUUCGCUCGUGUGAUUUAGUUCUCGAUUUAGUCGUGUUUCGCCGUUCAAACGCCAGCGAAAAAAUGUUGGACUUUUACCACUUUUCUGUCAUUUACUUUAUUUUUUUCUCUAUUUAGGAAAGUUUGUCAAUAAAUAAGUUUGUAGAUGUUACUUUUCCUGCACCAACCUGUCUUCUUCUCUCUUGCACCUUUAUGGAUUCAGAGAAAACAAAUAUUCAAGGCCUUUGAAGCUUGUAAAAGUAAACAAUCAUGUGAACACGCUCAAUUAAGAAAAAUAUAGCAAUUCUCUUAUAAAUCUUCAUUACAUAUUUUAUCCUCUUGUGCAUUCACUCAAAAGCUCACAAACAGUUCUUUUAUGAUAUAGCAAUUUCUAAAAACUUGAAAGAGAAAACACUAAUAGCCAUUUUAUUCUCAAUUCUAGAUUAACACCAACUGGAGUAUGACAGAUCAAUCAUCUGAAAAAGAAACAACAGUCACAGUUGAUAGCGAAACGAAAUCUACUGAUAAUGGCGUUCCCUCUACAACAACCACAACAGCAAUCUCUACAGAAUCCAAAACCAAAAAGAAGAAAGAUAAAAGUGGAAUUGCUACAGUAAAAACGUCGGCAACGGCCGAUAACGAUAUAGCUACUGCCUCUGGCGGAUCCUUGUCGUUAACUGCUAAUAACAAAACAGAUAAUGAAGCUACAUCUCAAACAAUGAAAUCACUUCUGAAAAUGUCACUAGCUGAACGUGCACAUAGUGCUCCGAAAUCAGAUGAAGAAUUAUCGAAACAAGAAUGGAAGUUUUGGCAAACUCAACCAGUACCACGAUUAGGAAGCAAAAUUCAAGAUAAUAAUGGACCAGUGGAAGAAAAUAAACCACAAUCAGAAAUUCGACAAGAACCAUAUAAACUUCCUGAUGGAUUCGUAUGGGAAGAUAUUGAUAUACUAAAUGAUAAUCAGCUUCAUGAACUUUAUGUAUUACUAAAUGAGAACUAUGUUGAAGAUGAUGAUAAUAUGUUUCGAUUUGAUUAUUCAAUGCCAUUUCUAAGAUGGGCUUUAUGCGCGCCGGGAUGGAUUCGUGAAUGGCAUGUUGCUGUUCGCGUAAUAAAAAGUAGGAAAAUGGUUGGUUUUAUUAGUGCUGUACCAAUAAAAAUGCAUGUUUAUGAUAAAGAAGUACCAAUGGUUGAAAUAAACUUUUUAUGUGUUCAUAAAAAAUUACGUUUAAAACGGAUGGCACCUGUAUUAAUUAAGGAGAUAACGCGUCGUGUCAAUUUUCAAGGCAUAUUUCAAGCAGCAUAUACAGCUGGUGUCAUACUACCUGGUCUCGUUGCAAAAUGUAGAUACUGGCAUCGUUCUUUGAAUGUGAAAAAACUCUUAGCUGUUGAAUUUUCACAUCUUGCACGAAAUAUGACAUUGCAACGAACACAGAAAUUAUACAGAUUACCUGAAGCUACUCAAAUAAAAGGCUUUCGUGAAAUGCGUGAUGAAGAUAUACCUCAGGCAUGGACUUUACUAACUCAAUAUUUAAAAAAGUUCGAUUUGGCACCCAUAUUCGCUAAACAUGAGUUUGAAUAUUUAUGUAGCAAUCGUCCAAAUAUUGUUAGCAGUUAUGUUGUUGAAAAUGAUGGUGAAGUAACUGAUUUUAUAUCGUAUUAUCAUUUAUCAUCGACAAUAAUGAAUCAUCCUCAGUAUAAAACACUAAAUGCUGGUUAUUUAUAUUAUCAUGCUACCAGUAAAACACCAUUAAUUGAUCUUGUUACCGAUUGUUUAGUCACAGCACACAUGAAUGAGUUUGAUGUAUUUAAUGCGUUAGAUUUAAUGGACAAUAAAGAAUUUUUAGAAAAAUUAAAAUUUGGCGUUGGCGAUGGAAAUUUACAAUAUUACAUUUAUAACUGGAAAUGUCCUCAAAUGUCGGCUGAAAAAGCAAGUGUUGCUUUACUUUUACAGUAG